AUGACCCUCAAGCAUCAUCACCAUAACAGACCAGUUUCGCCCGCCACCGUGGCUUCAGGCGCUUCUACAGGUCACCGGAGCCCUAGGCGCAAACCUUCUGCUUCGGCUUCCAACACAACGUUGCUUCCAUACUUUAUCCAUCGUCUCACAUCUGUGCUUCCUGUUAAAACUGGCUAUACCAUUCAUGAAGUUGAAGAAGAGCCCACAUUUGUUCUCUCAAAGAACAUGCUCAAGGAGCUUUCGACUAAGGGCCUUACUAACGAAAUCAUCCCAGGUCUUUUGGCACUUGCUAAAGACACUUAUAAGUCCGACAAAGGCGACAUCAUCUCUAAAAAAAAUUACCUUACUCUUCGCUCGCUCGUUGUUCUUUUAAACCUCUUAGCUGAGGUCUUGACUGCUGCCUGGGACUCCGCUCAAUUCCAAGUCGACCCUCUUCAUCACAUUUCUCAUAUCUCAGCCUCCCUAUCCCAGGAAUUUGCAUGCUAUACAGUCACUCCAGCUCCGGUCCCCACCGGGCUCGUCACAAAUGCCCUCGGCUUCCUCAUGUCUAUUAAACCUAACACCACACUCAAAACCGGUCUUCGUUCAAUAUCCAAUACCGUUACGGGCAUUCGCGAAUCUGAUGAAACUCAAGAGUAUCUCCUCCUUUCCGCCAUCGACUCGGCCAUUGAAAAGUCCAUCCGUUAUUUUUCUGCAUCUAACUGGACGGAAACAUACUCUUUGGUUCACAAGGUUUUUGACGCUACGCUUUCCGGCACCCCCAAUCAAACAACUGAUUCCGAUCUCAUCCCUGGAACAGAGUUAUUUGCCAUUCUUUUCCUUGAUUCUUCCCGUGUGGAAACCGUGCUUACUGACUUUUACAAAUACGGUCCCAAAAUGAAGCUUCCUCUUCACCGCCUACUCAUUGAGCACUUUCUUCAACAAAGUCUAGUGUCUUGGGCAAUCUCGAGAGUUCCCAGUAUCGAUAAUAUUGACAACCACCCCAAUAUUUCAAAAGUAGCAUCUAAUCUUUUUGACUUUAUUUACGGCUGUGCAGACGAUGACCGCCGUAGAUUCUCGUCUUGGCGGUUCCUUAGUACCCUUAUCAUCGUUGUUCCAGAAGCUUUUGAAGCUUUUGAGCACCAAAAACCAGCAUCGCCGUCUUUGGCUCCCAUUUCAUCGAUAUCCCUCAGACCAACUUCGUCGUUAAAACGUGGAAACUCUGAUCAACCCAAAAAGUCAGCCGCAAGCAAGCUCAAGGCUUUCAGUAAUGGUCUCAUUGGAAACAGCAGCUCAAGUAGUGUUUCCAGUCAUAAUAGCAACCAUGCAAAUAGCUCAAGAGGUGGUGGGGCAUACGUUUCUAAGUCAAGUCCCAACUCAAGUCCUUUGAGUAAUACUUCCUUAACACCUUCAGCCUCCUCGAUUCCUCUUAAUCCACGCGAUAAGUCUAUUCAGAAAAAGAUUAACUUUCUUUCAUCUCUCAGCAAGCUCAACAAUAUUUCUGCAAACAGCCCUCUAUUUUUGGCCCUGUUAAUAUCAUGUACUGAAAUUUCAAAAGCAGCUGCUCUUGCAGUCACUCAAACCUCAGACAGCCCGUUGAUCCGUUUUGCCAAAAACCUUUACAAUGUGUUGCUUAUUAACUUGUUUCCAGUUUCUUCAUGCCAGGUCUUAAACCCUGCUACCAGUCUUCCCCAUCUUUAUGAAUACCAAUGCACUUUUGUUUCUUCUUAUACAGUGCUGUGUAAAGAUGCAAUUAUUAAGGACAUUUACCCUAUUCUUAAAUCAGACGACCUUAGCAUGUUAUCAUAUGUACCUGGUAUUUUACAAGGCAAUGUUCAUCUUCGACUAAUGCCAAUGUUCCACGAUAUUUUUACCAGCAUGGUGGACACUAUUUUCCCUCUGUUCCGCGAAACACUAAUACGUACUGUCAAGCGCUUAAAUUUUUUUGAGUCCCAGGUAAAUCUGGAUUCUGCAUCUACGACUUCUUAUAAAAUUUGCGUCAUCAUCAUUCUCAAAUGUUACUUUAUCUUCACUCUCAACCCCGAGCAUUUCCUUCACAACUAUGUUUAUCGCAAACGCUUUGAUGAAGACCCUAUUUUUUACUCGGUCGUCCAUUGUGGUAUAUCUACUAAUGAAGACAUUCGCCGCACAACUUUUGCCUUUGCGUGGUCUUUCCUAGACAAGGAAAACCUUAUUGCAUAUGACCCCGUUGAAGUCGCAAAAAGCCUUGAUCAUCAGGUCUACACACUUUUUUUGCACCUUGGAAAGCUUUCUCAAAUGCUGAUGGAAAAGGUCACACGCUCAAAUAUGAGCGAGUCUGAUAUUAUAGAACAUUUAGGCCUAAUUAAGGGUCUACUCGAGGGUCGCUGUCUAUUGGCCCAUCAGUAUCAGUUUGUCAAAACCACAAAGCACAAUAUUAAUGCCAUCGAGCCAGCAGAUAUUCGUUUCGACAUUAGCAACACUUUGGAGACUUCAAUGCUCAUUUUUAUUCUUUCAAAUAAUACUAAAAUUUGCAAGCUAGCUCUCGAAGUUCUCAAUUUUAUGGUCCAGGAGGCUGUCAUUACUGAAAGCUCGGAAACAGAAAGCUCAUCUAGCUGGUCUAUUGUGAGCAACUUUUCUGUCUAUUCAGGGCUUUCUUCGCCUUCUUACAUAAUCACUGGUUCUAUGGCCGUGCAUAAAAGGUUGUAUCAGGCUCUUCAAAGUGCUAAAGCAAACACCCCGGCUAUUCUCCAAGCAUGGCGCAUUAUAUACGACAAAUGGAAAGCACUUACGGCUUCAUUGGAACAGCUUACUCAUAUUGACUCCAAUUUGGCUAAACGCUGGCGUGCUUACUCAGGCUUUUUGGCUUCUACUGUUUCUGCUUGGAUUGUCGAAAAAGAUGAACCAGUAAUUGAGGGGAAGCUCAGUAAAUCUUCCAAACUGUUUUUGGAUCAGAUAUUAACUCUUUUGACUAAUGUAAACUCAUCUUACCUUCGGGAAACAGCCCGUGAAAUUCUUUCAAGAGAUACUAAUCAUUCUGCCUACCACUUCAUUUUCACAACAUUAGAAGAACGGCUUACCCUCCAGCUUUCCAAAGACCACCUUGAACUUCACGAGGAAGACUUUUUACUUUUAGAACAAAGUGUUUCCUUUCUGCGCGCUAUUAUUGAGUACAUUAAUGACGGCGAAGUUUAUCUUGCCGUGGACAUUACUUCUCUUUCUCUUUCAAUUGUCAAGAAGCUUGACCGUCUUAUUUACUCGGAACGUGUCAUCAAGUUGCGCAUCCAAUAUGCCAGUCUCAUUGCUUGCAUCUCUAAACAUAAAGAUUCUAUGAAUAUGAAACAUGAUCUUUUGAUUCGCAAUGAAGUUGCUUUCAUCUUUGCCAACUGGCUUGAUUAUUCUCUUUCUAUUCAUUACACAAACGAAGAAACUGAAAGCAUUCGUUCCUCAGAAACAUCUCGUCUUUCGCAUGAAAAGGAGCGUCUUCACAAGGAUUGUAUUGUUGCUCUUAUUGACUCCCUCGCAUCCAUCACUCUGAAGCUCACCAUUGACACUCCUGAAAAUGCGCAGGGUCGUGAGUUAUAUGAAAUCAAGAGCCACAAAUUUUCUGUAUUAUUCAUGUUGCUUGUGCGGGUGCUAGAAAAAUGCCGUGCAGAGGAAAUGCAACUACACACAUCACUUAUUCUUGGCGACCGAUUAGAAUUGGUUAAAAACAAGACGAUUGAAUGCGCUUCUAAACUGCUUGAUGCCAAUGUUGAUGUUGGUCUUAAAUUAGCUCUACCACUCGGAAUUCACGAAGAUUCAUUUAUUCGUGUUUCUUUCUUAAAGAUUCUUGACAAUAUUCUUUCGCAUUCUUCUGCCCAAGAUCUUGAGUCUGAGGAUGCCGCAUAUGAGCAGCUUAUUGAUUUGCUAAAUGAAAAUACUAAGAUUGUUGUCACUCUUGGCGAAGUGUGUCCUGCCACGGAAGUUGAUGAUUUUGCCAAAGCUCUUUUAGAAAUCUUCGAAAGCAGAAACAAUUCUCUUGGUCUUGUUAAGGCUUUGGUAACUCGUGAAGUAGAACGUGCUGACACCCCCAUGGAAAUUUUGCGACGCAACUGUUUGGCUACAAAGCUCUUGUCUAUUUAUGCGCAUGGUAAAGGUAUAUCUUAUCUUAAAAAGGCGCUUUCUCCCUUUGUUCAAGAUCUUUGUGAUAAUCCUGAUGAAUACGCAUUUGAAACCAACCCGGAUAAGAUUCCAGAGGACCAAACAGUUGAUGAAAAUGUGGCCAAGUUUGAGCGCACUCUUCGGAAAUUGGUUACAACUUUGGAAGAUUCUCUUCCAUUUAUUCCUCGUGAUUUCCGCGAACUUUGCCAUACAAUUGCUGAGGCCGCUGAUUCUAGAUAUCUCGGGAAAAAUGCAUCUGUCAAUGCUAUUUCUGCAUUUUUCUUUUUGCGUUUCAUUUGCCCUACUCUUGUUUCACCUGAAAGUGAUGGCCUAGUAGAUCACCCACCAUCUCGCGAAGUUCGUCGAACUUUACUAGUUCUUGCAAAGAUGGUACAAAACUUGGCUUAUGGCUCUGGUUCAUUUGCCAAACUUUCAUUUUUCAAAGAUUCUUCAGUUGAUUUUUCUCAAGAUUCUGCGUCUGUUUUGCGAAUUGUCAAGAGUUUGACUGAAACUGUUCCCAUGUCACCAAGGCAAGUACAAGCUGGCCUUUCACCAAACGACUUGCUUUUGUCACCUGUUGAUGACAAUGCUAGUAGUUCUCUAACUACUGCAAGUGUCAGUACACCUCAGCCCAUAAGAGCUGUGAAUCGAGCAUCACUCGAAGCUUUCCAUUGGUUUCUGUACACUCAUUGGGAGGAUAUUAAUCACAAACUACAAACUGAACUUCGCAAAGCACGUCAAGUUGCUUCUGGCCAUCAGCAUGCAAACAAUAAAAGUUUACUUUUGUCUGAUCCCGUUAACCGCGCCAACUUUAUGUCUGCUCGUUUUGAAGAAGACAAUGAUUUCCGUGUACGCCAAAAGCUGACGAUGCUUAUCCGUAAUCUUGGUAGACCUAAGGCUUCAGAAACUAAGAAGAAACCUGAAGUUGAAAUUGCCAUUAAUGGUCUUGGUGUUGCUCCUCGUCUGCGCGAGUUUUUGGAGCGCAAUUCUCAUCGUGACAUGCAGCCUAUUAUUGAAAAGGGCAUUUUCCACGAAGGCCUAUCUAAGGAAGGCAUGCCCUUACUUAUCUUUUCAGCGCAAAAUUAUUUCCGUGAUGGCCAAGAUACGGAACUUAUUGUGUGCCGAUUUUUCCAAGUUGCUAGCAAGAUGUGGCAUCAGAAGUUUGCAUUGUUUUACGAUGCCACUGGGACCACAUCUGAUAAUGUGCUUUCACUUUCUGCACGCUCUGUUAUCAACCUUAUGAUUCCAGAUAUUAUGGCUCAUAACUGCGUUGUUGCGUACUUAUACAAUGUUCCGGCAGAAAUGAUUGGGUACAUGCGCAACACUUUCCGCCCUUACCAAACUGGGAAAUAUCUUAAUCCACUCUCUACUCGUUACACAUUUUUAACGUCGUUUGAUAUUGCCGACCGAUUUAAUUUGACGACAUUGAAUCUUGAUUCACGAUCUCUCAGAGUUGUCAACGAUGCACGUAUUUCUUACGAUGGGGUUCAGCGCAUAAACCCAGAAAAACGCGAUUCUAUCAAGGUUUCUAUGAAGAUUGGAAACGAAUAUGUGCAGUUUGUUGGUCAAGAGCCCUUUACUUUACUUAAGGGUGCUGUUGGCAUGUUUAACAGUGUAUAUCACUUUUCCGAAAUCAACAGCAUUGAGCUGUGCACCACUAAUCCGGAAGAAUUUUAUGUAUCGAUUUCGCGUGGUGGGAAGCGUCGCAUUAUUUUGCGCAGCCCACGAGCUCACGAGAUUGUUCGUUCCUUAAUUGGUGCCAAGGCUCGUUUGCCUAAGUCUUCAGUUGCAUUUCCAGAAGAUAGCAAUGCGCAGUUGUAUCAGACUCUUGAUUCAUCAAUUGGUUCAUUACUCAAUGUUUCCUUUUCUGGACUGUGUUCUGCAGACCCAGCUGCGCGCAGCUCAGCAUAUAAUUUGCUUGCAACUGUUCAGACGCGUUUUAAGCUUAAUCUGGGUGUUUCUGACAUGUUGCGAGGCCGAGGGCUGAGACUGCCUGCCAAUGUUUUUAGCCAAGUACAGCAUUAUAGUAAAGCUGUUGCUGAAAACUAUCCCGAGUUGACACACGAUAUGGUGAGCGAAUUAUUUGCCGCUUAUAAUUCCACAGAAAUGAGCAGACGCAUUGGCAUUCUGGCAUACAUUUCUCCUUGGAUUAAGCACCUGGGAACACAUGUUUAUAAGUUGGAACCUACGAAAUACAAACGUGGAACUACAGCUGGGUUUAUUCGGAGGUUUUUAGAGCUAUCCUUUAGUGAUGCUUCUGAUUACGUUUAUUUGAUUUCAUCCAUUUGGCCUGUCAUUUUGGAUGACUCGAUUACUAUGCCCAUUCUCAUUGAAGAGUUUUUGGUGCUGGUUAUGGAGAAGAAUUUAGUCUACAGUCCAAAUAUUGACGAUUAUAUUUCCAUUUUGACUUCUGCAAAGUCUCUUGAUGCAGUGUUUGUUGUGAAGGAAAAACUGUUUGACAUUUUACAGCAAGCAACUAGCGUCACGGAUUCUAACAUUGCUAAUUGUCCUCAGUGGAACGAGAUUGUUUUACUUGUUAACAUUCUUUCAUCAAUGUUAUUUGAGAAUCCAGAAGCUGCCAUGGCGCAUCCUUCAGAGUAUUGCUUUAUUGUACAUAUGCUUCUUUACACUGGUUCAUAUUCGUUCCGCAGUUUGCUUUAUGCCAUGAUGGUCAAUUAUGUGCACUCGCUUAUCACAUCUGAGAUGAUCACUCCUGAGUCACGAUCACAUGCGUUGACGAUUUACAAAGAUUUAACAGGUGACAAGGGAAAUAUGAUUUUUGGUACAAGUGAGGAGUUACGUAACGUUGAAUUUGCUUACCCAGCAACUUCGCUUUUAUUUCAAAUGGAUUCUCUCAAUGCUAUGACGAUUGAACUUGCUCGAACUGUCAUGCCAAUUCGUGGUUUGGAACAUCAGCAUGAGGUGUUUAUGCAGCGGUGCUUGGUCAUUAGUACACAGCCCACGUCUACACUUCAAAGUCGAGCUAUUGUUGCGCUGGGAUCCAGUUCCCGUCUUGAUGUCAAUGACUCCAUGGUGACUGUUGCUUUGGGUGUGUUGAGCGAUGCCCUUAACCGCGAUAACUCCAAGAUGCGAGAGGAGCUUAUUACUUGUGUUGCAUUUAGUAUUUCCAAGAUGGUUAAUGGUUUGCAGGCUGACAGCAAGUAUUACGGUUACUUGUUUUGGGUUUCUAUUGCGCUCAUGAAUACAUACAAUAUGGAGAUUUUUGGGCAUGGGUUGCAGUUGUUUUUGGCAUGUCUUAAGUCGCUUGAUGAUUAUGGUGUAUUUAAGCAAAUGUCCAUGUCUCAGUAUUUACUUUCGAGCAAGGAGGAGUUUAGAGGCGAAUGGGAAAAGCUUGAAACAACUUUAGAUUUGCACUUUUCAGAGAAGCAUUUUGAACUUGGGUUGGCAGCGACGUUGUUGCGUGGUAUGGUUAAGUCUGUGACUCGAGCAGCCACGCUUUCUGCAUUUGAUACGUUGCUUUCAAUUUCAGCCAAGAACCAAAUGUUCCGCGAACGUGAAAACAGUGUUGUUGCUACCUCGAAAAUUCCUAAUCUUGCUCUUGCAGCUGAUGUGUCGUCAAUUCUCUCUGAUUAUGGGAGUGGAAGUGGCAGUGGUGGAAAUAAUAAAUCAUCUUUUGGCCAGUAUGCCCAAGGCAUUUCUGGUAGUUCCUCUAACCUUCAAGGUGUUUUCCAUGGGCUUUCGAGUCCUGCAUUUGGUCCAUCAGGCACAUCAGGCACAUCAGGCGGAGCAGCUGGAAAUGGACAGCCAGGAUCAAGUAGCCCUAAUAGCCAUCAUAUGCUUGGUUCAAGGUUUGGGCACCGGUCGUCUAUUGCUCCUACAGAUUUGCUAGAGGUUGACGAUACUUCUACGUCGAGUAUGCCAUAUUCACGUGGAUUCCCUUCAUACUUGGUGUAUUUGUUUUUCUUGUAUCUUGGAUCGCGGUCUCAAUCCGAUUUGCGGGACUAUUUGUGGAUUGCCGGGUAUCCUGAAGAUUAUUUGGAGGAUGAGAUUCCACGGCCAAUUCGGCGGUUUAUUGGCAGCAACCGGACCAAGUCAAUAGUGACACUGUAUUUGGGUGCUCUGUUGUAUACACAAGUUGAGGAUGAGGAGAAGCUUGGGAAACGAUUUUUGGAUGUGAUGAAGUUUGUUGGGUCUGUGAACUUGACGAGUUAUUUCCGUGCGUACUUUGUGAUUCGGCCUAAGGUGAAACGGACGAUUGAUCUUUCGCCUGGGGUGGAGUUGAUGCGUGGUGCUCUUGAUUGUGCUAAAGUAAGUUUGCUCAAUUACGAGGAGUUGCGGCGACCACGGUUCUAUUUGGGUGGAUUAGAUGAGAUUCUUUUACAAGCUGGAUUAGGUCCAUCCAAAUGUUCUGGUGGGUUUAUUUCGAAUGCUACUCCUGGUUUUGUUAGUGGGAAUAUUGUUGGGGCUACUGGUAAGAAUAACCAUAACCAUAACAAUGGAAACAACAACAACAACAACAGCAACAACAGCAACAACAGCAACAACAGCAAUAGUGGCAGCAGUUCGUCUACGCCUACUACGGGAAGCAAUUCAGGGCUUCCUUCUACAUCUUCUUCUAGUGGUAAUGGUCAUAUUGGAUCAGUACAACGAAACAGCUCUAUUAUGAUUAAGAGUAAGAGCAGUGGGACAGCCAACAGCAGCAGUAAUCUUGUUGAUUUGUCACAUUCUACAUUGAUGAAUAGUAGCAAGUCAUUGCAUAGUUCUCCACAUGCUAUUACACAUCUUGAGUUGACAUCUUCAGUACUUAGUGAUGAAGAUUUGGCUGCGUUUAUUCGUAAAGUUGCUGAUGUUGCACACGAGCAUUAUUGCAAGCGGCCAGGAGGGUUUGGAAGUGGAGCCACGAACCAUUUGGCUAAUGCUUGUAAGGGAGAUGACAUUUCAUUAUUCCAAGAGGAAGAUGAGGAGGAAGAUGAAGAGGAUCUUUUAAAGGAGAAGCAAGAAUUAGGUCAGCAUCAACAUGGUGUUGAGCUAAAGAUUGAUGAUGAUAAUAAGGAGGGUAGAGCUCUUUCUGAGAUUGAGACUACAGAAAGUAGUAACAAGACGACAAGGAACAAGUCUGGGGCUGCCACUCGCGACCUAUCGCCAAUGACUACGACAAGUGGUACAGGAGAGUUGAACAGUAGUAAUGGGCUUGGAAGUAACAUGAACAUGAGUAGUGUUAGCGGUGGGAGUGCUGAGAGUGCUGGGACGAUCAGUAGUAGCAGCAGUAGCUCUGCAAGGGUAGUUGACCCGUCAGCAACAUUGGUCACUGGUAGUACUAGUACUAGUACUAGUACUAGUACUAGUAAGCUUAGUGGUAAGCUUAAUAGUACUAUUGCUCGUACAAGUACAGACGAAUUUGAAGAAGAAGAAGAAGAAGAGGGUACUACUAGUAGUACGAGCACUACCAAUGACAAUUACAAUUCUGGUGGUACCAGUGUGAGUUGCCAAAGGGAUGGUGAUGAUGACGACAAUAAUGAUGACGACGACAACAACAACAACAACAACAAGUCUAACAACAAUAACAGCAAAGCAUCAUCAUCAGUAUCUUUAGGGCAAAGUGUUACUGUUCCUUUACAAUCACAAUCAGUUUCUCCAUCGUCACCUUCACCCAGAAAUACUGGGACGAUUGUUCAAAUUCCUGGUACGCCUGUGACUAUGGUAGUUGGUGGUGGAUCUGGCCAAGUUGCUACUGGCCAAGACCUGGAAGAGCCGGAUGAGGAAAGAUAUUACAGUAGUUGA